ACUCUUUAAAUAUGUAAUUCAUACUGAGUAAAAACAAAAAUUCAGUUUCAAAACAGAUAUGUGAAUACUAACUGUUUUUACAAUGAAAAAAGUUUAUAAUUUUUGAUAACCAAAUGUUUAGAAGUAACAAAUAAAUACAGUGUGCUUUUUUAUCCUGUUUAGUUUCAUAGAGAAUGACUUAGUGGCUCUUUGAGUUUAAAAAUACCCAAGUGCAUAUAAAAUGGCUAGCGCAUUACCACAAGUCGGGGGUGAAAUUUAUUUUCCUCAUCACUACAAUCUUUUACCGACGGAACUUCAUGAUACUUUUAAGGAGUUAGAUGGUGCACACAAGCUCGGAAAACGCCCUCCUGUGGACUUCAGUAUUCUCGACAUCAGAGUUGGUCGAAUACUCAGGGUAACCAAGAAUCCCGCCAGUGUAAAGGCACUCAAGAAAUCUUACGUCUGUAGAGUUGAAAUCGGAUGGGAGCGGGCUCCACGAGUGAUUGUGGUUGAGCUGGCUAAGUACUACACUAGAGACCAGCUGAAGCUUGCCAAAUGCGUCGUGCUGUGUAAUAUUACUCCUGUCAGCAUCUUCGGACAGAGGUCCUGGGGAUGGAUUCUGGCUGCGGAGACUCCCGACAAGGAUCUAGAACUGCUCCGUCCUCCUCCUGAAACUGAUAUGACAGAACAGGUGACAGUGUGGGGGUUUCCCCCAGUAAAGAAUCUCAGAGAGGAGCCAGAGCUGAAUGUGAAACAGCUGAAGAAGCUGUUCAAAGACAUGCGAGUGAACGCAGAGGGCGUAGCUGAGUGGCAGGGGAUGCCAAUGUGUGUUGAGGGUGGCACCAACCCCAUCAGAGCUGGUCGCUACGCCCGCGAUACUCCCAUUAUCAAUGCUCUCAAGAAUAGAAGUUGGUCAAAGUACAAGACACCGACAUUUGCAGAAUAUAAAAAACAAUUUCGAGAGUAUAUGCUGUGAUAUUUACAAACGACUGUCGACUGUGCUAUCAAAUAUAUGUUUGAAGUAUAA